ACUAAACCCUUUUAUUAAAUAUUUUCAAUUUAGAGCCCCAAAUUGUCCAAAGUUAAAGUUGACAAGUGUCUGACAGGACUUGACAGCGCUUUGAGUGCAGAUACACUUUCGUUGCUACGGAUAUCGUCUGCUCAAAAUUUAUACUUUUUUGAUUUUGGUCAAGUGCAUGCCUCUGUUUAAAUUAAAAUAACUAUUAAAUGGUGCAUUUUAGCGGUGUAAAAGGUUAUACCUUUUUUAUUCGCAAUUGAUUACUCUAUCGAUUUAGGCAAUAAAAAAGUAGUGUUAAGAGGGCAAAAAAUUAGAAAAACACAAAAAAUGUGACCCGGAAAUGCUGCAACCGGAAACUGGAUGGAUGUAUCCGGUUUUCAUAAUUACCAGAAUAAAAGGCAUGUUCUCUUUAGUAAGUCUACCAAGUUUUGUAAUAUUUGGUCAAAUGAUUCCAAAGUUAUGGUGCAAAAACGUCUUUCCAUACCCCUACUUCCCAGGGCUGUAAAAUUCUUACCAGUUUCGAUAGGACACGGCUUAUAAUCUCAAUUAGCAUCAUUUUAUAGGUCCUUUUUGAGGUUCAUUUUUUGUCGCACAAAUAUGAAUAACCCUGUAUACUAUUAUUUACUGAGUUUGAGUGUAAAUCGGACGCUUUAUUGCCGAGUGGAUUUUUAAACGUCUAGUGAUAAUGAGAGGUUUAUCAUCCACGAGGUGAAACCGUUUUAUACGAAAACGGGAUCAAUACAAGAUUUUAUUCUUCGAAUUAGACUUAACAAGGCUUAAAAUUGCUUUAAAUUUGUUAAAAAUAAUCUGACAUUUCGUAUUGAGAAAUGCCAAAUAAUUGUCAAAACUUUUUUACACAGGAGAAAAACCGUAAAUUUGGUCAUUGUUGAAGAAUAAACUUCUUUACCUGUACGAACCGAAUGAAAACUAUUUUUUAUAGGAGUAUUUUGUUAUGCAAUUAUUGGAACUUGCAAGUUAGCUGUUUAGAGGUUCGGCAAUUGGAUUCAAAUUACGACACACUCAAAACGAGGACAAAAUUGCGUUUAUUAUUAUUCCCGUAAUCGGGACAGUCAGUCGUUGGGUGCGGGGCGUGAGCGACCCCUGCGUAUCGUCAUCUGUUUGGGAUGUGGUGACGUAUGUACGAGCCGUUUAGUGUUAGUGGUUGCACUGUGUUUAAUUCUUAAAACGUAAGUAUUUCUUUUCUUUAAUUUUGUAUAAAUACACUAUUUCUGUAAAUUCGCCUUUUUUCUACUACCUGGGCAAACCCCUAAUCACGCAAGGCGUGACAUGUGUUGGAGGCGCCGUCGUUUAAAAAAUUUAACUGGUUUCGAUUCGAAUUAAUACUUACGUAAUUUGGUGCAAUUAGUGGGUUUUGAAAAGACAGGGACUCGCGUAAUUUUCGGAUGCGAAUGAACGUUGCCGUAGUUAAGUAGUUAAGUCGUCGUAAACAUCGUUGAGUUUAAUAUUUCAGUUUAAGAAAGUUUAAUGUAUUGUAAAUAAAAAUGAAUACAACAAUUUCGGAAGCAACGACGAGAGGCAGAGUAGUCGCUACUCCCAAAUUUUUGUCGCCACCCGUUUUUAAUCCGUGCGGUGGAAAUCCGAUUCAGUACAUGCGGAUUUACGAAAAGACAGCAGUUGUAAAUGGGUGGAGUGACACCCACAAAAUCGCUUAUUUUGAGUGCUUUAUGGAAGGAGCUGCAGCAGUCUGGGUGGCUGAUUAUACGAGCAGAGAUGAAAAUCACAACAAAAAGUGGUUAGAUUUGAAAAAAGAUUUUCUUAGGGAAUUCGGAGGUGAAGAUCACGAGCGAGUUUUAAAGCUAAAAUUCGACGCCAGGCAUCAAGGGGCGGGCGAAGAUUUAAAAUAUUAUUACUUUGAUAUGGUUGCGUUAGCCAAUGAAGUAAACCCUAAAAUGCCAUUCGAGAUGUUUCGCGAUAAAUUUGAGGCGGGGAUGCAUCCCACUUUCCGGCACACGUAUUAUGUUCUUGGGUGCGACAUCAAAAAUUUUGUGGAAUUAAAAGACGUGGUAUUCAAAGUUAGUAACAUUUGGACUAAGAUCAAUUUUUGCGAGAAGACUGAAGAACCGCUUUCGUUGCUAACGUUAGAGGGCAACAUUAGAAAAAACGACAGUUGGAAUCGCGACAAAUCAAGAGAAUAUGCUAGGACAUUCGAGUACGAUAAAACAGUUUCAUUUCGGGAUUCCCAAAUCACUCUGCUCAACGAAAAUGAGAAAUGCGGAUCGAAUAGCAAGAUCCUAACUUUAAAAGGAGUAGGAAAUGAUAGAUAUAUCGACAUAGUUAUCGAUACAGGAUCAGCGGGCAACCUAGUUAGCAGAAACGUGGUUGAGGGAAGAAAAAUAAAUACGAGCCACAGAACAACAAUUUUAUCAACAGGUGGUGAUAGGACUUCCAUGUUGGGGAUUGCGAAAGUGAAAAUAGAAUUAGGAAAUUUCAAAACGGAAAUAGAUGCCAUUGUGGUCGAAAAAUUGCCUAAACCGGUUAUUUUGGGCACGGAAUUUUUACAUAAAUUUAGGGCUUGUGUAAAUUUUGACGAAGGCAGUAUUAAAUUGCGCAACGGUUUUAAUAAAGUAACUUUACAUUUCGACACAAAAGAACAUGAAUUCAGCAAGUCUUUUGUUGCUAAGCAGGUUAAAGGUAUGAAGCACAGCGUCUCAAGAAUGACCCGAUCUCCAGUAAACGCGAAUGUUACUGUAGUAGAUAUGAUGUGCCGGUUCAGAUUCACUUCGUCUGCGCAUGCGCCAUUUUAGGGAUUCCCGACGCAAAAUAUGGGAAUCCCCUGAUGUUGAUGCUAUUUUCGGAUUAUGAUGUCAUGGCUUGUCUUUGUCUGCGCAUGCGUCACUUUGGGGAAUCCCACAUUGAAAAUUAUGUGAAUCCCCUGGUGUUGUUGCGAUUUUUAGAUUUUGAGGUCAUGACUAUUUUUAGACCAUGACGUCAGGAUGAGUAUCUCCUGGGAAAUCCCACAUUGGAAAUUAUGGAAAUCCCCUGCUGUCAUUGCUAUUUUUCAAACAUGACAUCAUGACUAAGUUUAGAUUAUGAUAUCAUAGUUAUUGUUGGAUGGAUAACUCAUUGCUAUUAUUAGAUUGUGACUCAUUAAGGUAAGCCCUAACGCUUCGUGGGAAUCCCCCAAUGUUGAUGCUAUUUUUGGAUGAUGAUGUCAUGGUUUGAAUUUGUAUGCGCAUGCGUCACUUUGGGGAAUCCCACAUUGAAAAUUAUAUGAAUCCCCGAUGUCAGUGCUAUUUUUGUAUCAUCAUGUAACAGUUAUUUUUGGAUUAUGACGUCAGUAUGGAAAUUCCCUGGGGAAUCCCACAUUAGACAUUAUGGGAAUCUCCUUUUGGUAUUACCAUGAUGUCAUGGUUGGUUUUAGAUUAUGAUGUCACACUUAUUUCCGGAUCGAUGAGUCAAUGUUUAUAUUAUAUUAUGUAUAAUAUUACAAUUCUUGGCCUACGACAUGAUUAAUAUAAAUUAAGCCUUUUUGGUUUCCUUAAUUUGGUCCAUUUAAUGAAGAAAAUAUAAGAGAAUGUAUCAGGAUCAUAUAAGUUGCAACAGCAUGGAGUAUCCAGCAGCAGGCAUGUGAUAAAGGUGUAAGCGGUUGUGGCGUAGGCGGCGGUGACGAGUGUCUUUCAUGUUUAUAGUUUUAAUUGAAACCCAAUCACAUUUCUUUCGAUAAGAAACUAUAACGGCUGGCUUUCAUUCUUUAAUUACAAUUAAAUAAAAAAGAAGGUAAAUCCCCCACACUGGAUCAUGAGUAUAUCGUAUAUACUGAUUGAAUAUUGUAUAUCGUGGCAAUAUGGUCUCCACGGAACUUCAUAUCGGUCGAGAUGUUGAAACAGUUGAAACUUUUGUUAAAAGUAAGAUUCAAUCUCCUAAAUUGAUUAAAGAAUAAUAAGUGUUACCUCAAGUAUACAAAUUUAUUAUUAUGAUCGUAAUACCGUUUUGGGCUUAGAUUAUAUCGAUGAUUUUGAAGUACAAUUGUUCCUUUUUUUGACAAAUUUAUGCUAGUACACUAUUCAAAUAUUUUCCAACCCCAUUUAAGGAUGUAAUGACUACAGGUGAAACUUUGCGUGUAAACAGUGAGAAAGGGCACAUACUUUUUGAUGAGGAAAUGGGAACAGGUUUCUGUUUUAGAUCUCAUAUGAGUCUACUUGUCUACAAAGACAAGCCAUGACAUCAU